CAUACUAGGGUUCCUUCUCCUCGACAAGGAGCCAUCCUCCCUCUCUGCCUCUUCUCUUCUGUCUUCCUCUCCUCAGAUGACCCGUUUGGCAGCCACUUGCAGCCGAGACACAUCAUGAGCUUACGAAAACUAAGUUUCAAAUGGUUCGGCAGCCUGACCAACCUCACUUUUCGCCGCUCCACUGAAAAAUCCGACUCCAAGUCGAAGUCUGGAGCCGGAGCAGGAUGUUCACCUGGAGAUGACUGCGAUGGUGGGUCCAUCUUAACUCCGGUGUCUGAGACGUCCCUGGACGACAUGGAGGCGAUGCGUCCUCGCACUGCCAGCUAUGUUCGCUCCAGUGAGAGCUACACUCAUGUGGGCACGCUGCCACGACUGCUGAUGAGGAAGAAGGACAGGAGCAGUAAAGGAUCCAGCAGCAGCAGCAGCAGCAGCAGUAAGAAGAGUAAAGACAAGAGCAGCAUCAGCAGGAGUCAAAGCCAGCGACCUGCAGGGGAACAAAGCCACAGAUAUCUGCUCUCAGGUGGAGGUGAAGAUGCAGUGAAAGCUGACAGUGGGCUCAAACCAAACUUUCCCAAGACACUGCCAGAACCUGAAGCUGAACUUAAAGCCUCAAACAUCCAAAACAGCAUCUGUGAAGCUGCUUGUGAGGAUGUGUCACCAUCUGCUGGUUCAAGUGCAGAACUCCAGGCAGGCGGUGACCUGAACCUUGGAGUCAUGGAGGAGGCUUCAUCAGCUGCACUGAGUCCCGGGGAUGAUGGAACUCUGGAAGUUGACGGGCCUGUUUCUGAGCUAAAGGAGGAGGCAGCAAACAAAGAGCUGACAGAAGGAGCAGACAAAGAAAACCACGAAUCUGACAGCCCCAUGGAGCCGGCAGAGAACCACGCUGAAUAUGUUCAAUUCUCCAAGGAGAAGUAUCUGCUGGAGUCUCCCCCCGAGAAACUUCGUAAGGAGCUGGAGGAGGAGCUGAAACUGAGCCCUGCUGACAUCAGGAGCCAUGGCUGGUACCAUGGACACAUACCCAGAGAGGUGUCAGAGACUCUGGUUUUGCGCAACGGAGAUUUCCUGGUUCGUGACUCUCUGACCAGUGUGGGCGACUACGUUCUGACCUGUCGAUGGGAUAAUGAGGUGUUGCACUUCAAGAUCAGUAAAGUUCUGGUCAAAUCCAAUGAGACGAAGGUGCAGUAUAUGCUGGAGUCUGACAGUUUCGACUCGGUCCAGGAGCUCGUGCGGUUUUACGUGGGCCAACGUAAACCGGUCUCCCAGUCCAGCACUGUCCACAUCUACUGUCCAGUCAGCAGAACUCUUCCUCUGCGCUACCUGGAGGCCACGUUCGCCCUCUCCAACAGCAAGCAGGGCUCGGCCUACUCGCCGUCCAGUCAGAGGGGAGCGUACAUCAAGAGGAGGAGCGUCACCAUGACGGACGGGCUGACGACGGAGAAGAUGAUACCUCACAGCCCGUCGACAAUCCACCACCACAAAGAUGCAAUGCGGAACUGUGCGAUGAGCAUGGACCAGAUUCAGGAGUAUCGCUGCCCCUUGUCACCUGUUGGAGAAACUCCACUGUCUCCUGCAUACAGUGCUAUCACCAGGCAGAGAGCCCACUCAGGCGGACGGGUCCUGGCCGUCGUCCCUCCCUCCCCCGUGAUGCGACGCUCCAGCGACCCCCAGCUCAGCCCCUCAGCCAGUAACAACCCUGCAGAGUUUCCCGCUCACACCUCUCACUCGGCGCACUCCUCACCCGCCCAUCAUCCCAGCUACCAACCGCAUUCCUCGGAAACAGCAGGGAGCUACUGUGACCUCAGACCGUGUCCCUCCGGGCCUCCCAAACCUCCCGCUAAGAGCUAUGUAGAGCGAUUGCGAGUGGAGGAAGGCAGGGAGGAGGGAGCAAGAGAGGAAGGAGAGGGGAUGUUCAGCGCCCCGCAGGUGGAGACAGCUUCUUCAUUCAGGCCAUCCAGGUACGAGUCUUGCCUCAUGCCGGCUGAGAAUAAGCCUCUGGAGAUGUCUGUGCUGAAGAGAGUCAAAGAGCUGCUGGCUGAGGUGGACGCAAGGACUGCGGCUAAACACAUCACCAUGGUGGACUGCAUGGUUGCUAGAAUAUUAGGUGUGUCCUCAGAAAUGCAAAGGAUGAUGGGAGUGUCCUCAGGGCUGGAGUUACUGACACUACCACACGGACACCAGCUCAGACUCGACCUACUGGAGAGGUUCUACACCAUGUCCAUCAUGAUGGCCGUGGACCUCCUCGGCUGCACAGGGAGCACCGAGGAGAGGGCGGCGCUGCUCCAUAAGACCAUCCAAUUAGCAGCAGAGUUGAAAAGCAAUCUGGGCAACAUGUUCGGCUUUGCUGCUGUGAUGAGAGCCCUGGAGCUGCCGCAGAUUUCCCGCCUGGAGCAGACGUGGGUAACUUUACGCCAGAGACAUACAGAGGGGGCUAUUCUAUAUGAAAAGAAACUCAAACCUUUCAUGAAGAAUAUGAAUGAUGGCAAAGAGUCCAGUGCUCUGUCGAACACCUCCUUCCCCCACAUCAUUCCCGUCCUGUCGUUACUGGAGCGAGGUGUUGCUCUCGGGGAAACGCUGGAGCCCUGGGAGAGUGCAGAGGUGGGAGUGGAUGUGGUCAUGUACCACCUGGAGGCAGCUCGUACCAUCGCACAUCACGGGGGAAUCUACAGAACCAACACAGAGACCAAACUGCAGGGAUUUCAGGAGCGAGCAGAGAUUCGCGAGAUCUUCCAGACGGAGUUUCAGAUGCGUCUCCUGUGGGGCAGCCGUGGCUCCGAGGGCAGCCAAUCGGAGCGCUACGAGAAGUUCGACAAGGUCCUCACCGCCCUAUCGCACAAGCUAGAGCCUCCGGUGCGCCACAGCGAGCUAUAGCAGCCGCCCCGACCUUCACCCGACGUCGCCAAAACACUUUGCACUUACUGCUCAUAGUGGUACGGUCUUGUUUUGCAUCAAUAACGUGGGAGCUUGAACACUGGGAGAAGAGAGCGAAUGAAGAGGCAGCUAACAGAGCAUGUGCAGUGAGCAGGAGGAAAACAGGAAGGAGAGUCUCACUUUUACACGUGUUGCACUCACUUUGGACUCAGAAAUAAGGCACAGAGUGUCUUCUGUUCCUCUCGGUGGACACUCAGUGCUAAAAUAUUUAAAUGCAAGGGAGAGGAGACGAGCUGAGUGGAGAAGAAGAGAAGGGUGUCCAGCUCUUCUAGUACAAUGACAGUGUACGGUGUCCCCAGAGGGCCAAACAGAGCUACAGAUUUGGCUUUGCUCCAGUAAAACAAAGACACUCAACUACUGUCACACGCUGUAGCCGAAAUGACAACAAUAACUUACAUAGCUCAUAUAUAAAUGUUAAGUCUGUGCGAGUGAAUGUGUGCGUGCGUGUCAGUAAGCGCGUUUCAGUUCCUUCAUUUUAAUGUUUCAUGUGCUGUUAUUUUUUGUCGUAUUUAUUUGUUUUUGAUCAAUGGACAUCGAAACAUUCUGGACAUUGCUUCAUGAGAAUCCGUCAGCGGUCAUUCUGAGGAAAACCCUGUUCAUAAAACUCAUUAAAGAUGUAUCAAGCAGUCCCAUUGAAUCCCAUUAAAAAUGUAUCAGGCAUGAAUUAAUAAAUGUAUCAGAAAUGAAACAUUUGCAGAAGUAAUGCAGCAACUUCGAUGUGAAGGGCUUCGCGAGUUGUUAAAAAUGUUAAGAGAACAAAGCAACCUCCUGCUGUUGUGGCUGUUUGACUAACACAUUCGAUAUUGUGUGUCCUGUGCACCAAAUGUAGCUAAAAACAGCAUCGUGAAAGAAAUAUGGAAUGUAUACACCUUACAGUUAAAGCAAUGUUUCACUUAGUGUAUAAACAUUUAUGAAUAUGCUUUGGUUCGGCCCGAGCUUCAGUUUUUUGCUGAAAUGGUUUAAAAGGGUGAUGCACGCGCUUCUAAAUGUUACACCGAGUCAAAUGUUGCUUUAAUAGCAUUUUAAAUAUAAAGAAACUUGAGAAAUAUACAAACGAUUCAGUGAGGAUAUUUUGUAUCUGUGGAGAAUCUUAAAUGACGAAUGAAAAUCCGUCAUCUUGAAUUAUUUUUCAGUUGUAAUUGAGUUCUUUUCAGUUUGAAAACUGAAUGAAGUGAUGUGUACACCACAGCUGGGCUACAGAGAAUGUCUUCAAUGGAUGAGUGCUUUCAAAUCUGUGUUUCAGCAAUAGAGCUAAAAUGGCUGGAGUCAUUUUUCUUUCUGUGGGGAUUACAUUUUGGUGGACUCUUCAGUGUUACAUUUCUGCUGUAUUAACAGUAUACGGGCCUGAGAGGGCCGGAUCCGACUCUCACAGAUAUGCAAUCACUUCAACCAAGGGCUGAGACCCCUGAGGAACAAACUCCCACUUAGACUACAUGAAUCCUGAACCUUUCCUCUCCAAAUAGAUGAUCUAUAUGUGGAUGGAAGUCAUAUCAGAUCACACUCAAACAGAAAUAAUUCUGGAAAUGUUCCUUCUACUCUUGACUUGCUUAUUGGAGAUUCUUAAACGGGUGUUUGUUUGAGUUCAACCUCCAUUUUCUACUCUGGCAGCAGAUCACAGGUUAUGAGUUAAGGAAUCAUGUGCCAGUUCCUAUUGUAGUCCAACAGGGGGCACUAUAGUCAGCAGAAAAAGAAAAAAAAUACACUGAAUCAUUAAUUGUAGUACUGAAGACAUAUACACACAUAUAUGAGACAUGUAUUGUGUGUGUUCUGAGACCAAGAGGAUGCCUACUGGUUUAGGUCUGAUAACACUGAUGAUGUGAAAUGUUUUUAUUUGUCCUCUGAUGAAUGAUGUACAGGAAUGCCCCGACAGCGCGUGGAUCCUCCUGUUGUGUUUGACAGAACCGUAUGAGAUGAACUCGAAAAGCAAAAAAAAAAAAAAAAAAGAAGUGAUGUAAGACUGAUCUCAUGUUUUUUACGUACUGUACAUAGCAAUUCACUUUUUUCAAAUAAAACGAUUGCUUGUG